CCAUGUUUAAGAUCAGCUUUACUUAAUUUGGAACAAAAACAAAUGGGCGCAUUGGAUCCUACGACCCAAAGUGAUAGCGCUACGGUUUGAUCGGAUUACACAAUGGAUAAAAUGAAAUUAAGAAGAACAAAUAAAAAAGAAACUAGUGAUUCAGAGCAAUCAUCUGAUUCUUCUGAACCCCCAUCACUCAAAAAAGGAAAUUCAUCUAUAUCUGAAUUAGCAGAUAGUUCUACAAAGAGCAAUAAAAGACCUGGUUCUCCAUUAGAAGAGGAUAGUUUAGCUGAUUUUAAAUUACCAAAAUUGAAUUCUCGAUCGAACUUGGCACGAAAUGGAGUUAAGUUACUUGAUAAUCCAAAAAAGUCAACCAGAACUAAAAGUAAUUCAUCACGAAAUACGAAGAAAAAACCUGAUUCAAAUCAAAUGUCUAUCGAAUCUUCAUUUUUUAAGCCUCCGACUGCAUUUGUAUGCCCUUUAUGUUUAAAAUCAUUUAAUGAAUCAAGCCAACAAAUAGCUCAUUCAAAAAACUGUGCAGUAAAGAAUAGAAUUUCCACAAGACAAUUGAUCGCUGCGACAGAAUUACAUGAACGUCAAGCAGAAGAGAGAAAAGCUAUUGGCUUACCUGCAGCUCCAAUACAACAACAACAACUAGCCAAGAAAACUCCAAAGUUUAAAAGAAUGAGUACUAGUAAUGAUCCUGAUGUUGAGUUAGCAAUAGCUUUAUCCAAAUCUUUAAGCGAAGCUCAGGAAAUAGAAGAUUUAGAAGAGGCAGUUGUUUUGGCAGCAGAAUCAGAUGAGAAAAUACUAGAAAUGUCAUCAUCACAGCGUAAGAGUACUCUAGUGAAUUUCGGAUUUAUUACUAAUAAACCAAUAGUGUUAGAUUCUAAUGAAAAACCAAAAAAAAAGAAGAUAGGUCCAACUAUUUUACAAACACGUACUGAAGAAGCUAGGAGCCGACUACUAGCAGAAAGAAUAGCUGAAGCCAUUGUAGAUAAUGUCAUAUCAACUCAAGAACCAAUUACUCCAGAUAGUAUGAAUAAUAAAUAUAAACAAAUCAAUUUUAAAAGUAUGGUGUUGAAAGAAAUAUACAGAUCAGAUUGUAAAUUGUGGAAUGGAUCUGCAGGAGAAGAGAGUAUAGAAUUUUAUUAUAUCAAAAAUCUUUGUCAAUUUAUUAGACCUGUCGAAAAUUUUAACAAACGAAAAAGUAAAGAUAAAUUAUAUAUUAAUAAAAGUGAUGAUAAAGUGAAUGAAAUAAGAAAUAUUAAUCAAAAUGAUUGUAUGAGUCCUAUAAAUGAAAAUGUAAAUAAAGUGACUGAUAUCUCGAGUAAUCGAGAUUCAAUUUUUAAUUUAUCGAACGGUAAGGAAGAUUUGAUUAAAAAUGAAGAUACAAAAGAAAAUGUUCUGAAAAAUAAUGAUAGAGAAAAAAAAGAUGAAGAUGAAAAUGAGAAACGUUUUGAAGAAGAUCGAUUGAAAGGUUUAAAUCCUCUAGCUCUAAGUUGGAGUAAAAUGAUAAAUUCAAAACUUCAUAGUGAUGUAAUUAUUUACGUAAAAAAUGAAAAAUUCAUUUUCAGCCAUUUUCUCGUUUUAUGGACACGUUGUCGUGAAAUUGAAAAAGAUUUUAUUGCCAACAAUGCCGAUAAUAAUGAAAGUAAAUAUAAUGCAGAAUCUUUAGAAAGAAAGCAACAAUGGAAAAUCAUGUGGGAAGAUAUAGAAUAUCAAGCAGGAAUUAUAUUCUUGGAGUUUAUUUAUUGUGAAUCCAUCAUAAACUUAGAGGCUUUAAAAGACAGAUUAAUUCUAAAUAAUGUAAAAAAUUUAGCAGAAAAGUAUAAGAUGAAAGAAUUAAAUUAUUUUCUAGAGAAAUUAGAUGUUCCAGUUGAUAAUCUUAAUACUGAAUGUCAAUUAAUAGAAAAUGAUGAUAAAAAAAUUGAAGAACCAUUGUAUAUAGAACCAAAUGAAAGUAAAGAUGAAGAAUAUUCAAAUUCAAAGUGGCAUGAAGAUCAAAAUUUCAGCAUGGAGAAGAAUGAAAAUGAAGAAUCGAGAACUAAUAAAAAUGUAACUACUGAUUUUCAAUGUAAAUCACUGGAAUUCUCUGCUCAGGUAAUAGAUGAUAAUGAUAUUAAUAUUCAAGAGAAAGAUGAUAACAGUGUAAAUAAAAUUAAUGUAAAUGGACCAAAUACGAAAAAUCUAGAAGCGACGGUUAUUACUAUCUCUGAAGAUGAAUUAGAACUAUCUCAAACGCCAAAAAUAGAAACGAAGACAUACAAACAUGAACUACUAAGAGCAAGCUUUAUGAGUGCAUCUCCUGAUAUUUUUGAUGGAAUGGAAACCAUGAAUCUUGGAAAUUCUUUUGGGAGAAAGUAUCAAAAUACUAGAAAUAGCGACAAUUAUACUGUAGAGCAUUGUCUAGAAAAUGAUCAGGAGAUACCUACUUGUACAGCAUUAUGUAAUGAAAAUGAAGAUGAGAUUAAAGAAAAUGAAGAAGACAUAACAAAGAAAAAAAGUUUCCAAAUUGAUGAAGAAAUCUGUUUAGAUGGGUUUACACAGACAGUAGAAGAACACUCAGGAAAAGAAGAAUUAAGUAUGGAAAAAAACUGCUUAACAAAUGAAGAAGUUUCAGAAACUACUAAUCAGGUAACUGAAAAAAACUAUCAAUGUGAAAAAGUAUCUAAAGAUAUUUCAACAACUCGAAAUAAUUUAAGUUUAUUUAUUGAAAAAAUUCAAAGAAAAAAUGCACGUUUUUUAGAAUCAGAUACCGAUGAAGAUGAUUCGAUGGUUAUGAACCCUCGUAAAAAAAAAAAUAAAUUUAAAAUUUGUAGACUCAGUGAAAAUGAUUCAGGACUGUUGAAUAAAUUUCGCCAAAAAGAUUUGAUGCAUCCGGAAGAAGACAAUUUAGAAUGUGAUGUUAAAGUUGAAAAAAAGUCAGCAUUAAGCAUUUUUGAAGAUGACAUUAGAAAGAGAGUUGCUAAAGAGAUUAAGGAAAAGGCUGAAAAGGAAAUAAAUUUGUUGAAAAAUACGCAAGACGGUGACUUGCAAGAGAACUUUUCAGAGUGUAAUAGCGACGUUGAAUUUGUUGAUGAACAUUGGAUUGACAUUAAAAACAGUGUGACUGAUCUAAACGAUGAUCUACAAGAAAGAAUAGAAGAAAACAAAUCAAAAGUAGAUCAAAAAUACACACAAAAAUUCGAUAACAUUUUAGCAAAUGAAUCGAUUGUUCAAAGUGAAGAUGCUAAUAGUGAUGGAGCAAAUGAAUCUAUGUAUACAAAAUAUAAAAAAACACAUAGAAGAAAUAGUAUUGACAAAUACCGAGCUGCUUUAAAAAAUUAUUUUAAUGAUAAAUCAAAAAAAACUAGAUCAAUUUCAACAGAAGAAGAAAAUAAUAGUGAAAGCAAUGAAGAUAGUUCUGAAAAUGUAGAAAAUACUGAUGAAUCACCACAAUCUUCUCCUAAAAAAUCUUUUAAGGUAGCAGAGAGUCCAAUAAAAGAUAACACUUAUUAUAAAGAAAAAACUAACGAACUAUAUAAAAAUAAAAGAAUCUCUUUGAUAAAUCAAAAAAAUUUAACUGAACUAUCGAGUUUUGAUUUUUAUGAAAUUGAAGAUGUUCCAGAAGAAGGUCGUACAGAAGAUGAUGAAAAUUCUACACAAAAUUCUCAAGAAGUUAUAAAUCGCUCAAUAGACUUAACAGUUACUUCAGACGAAGAAAAAAGUAUAGAAACAUAUGAUAAAAUGAAUGAAGAUGUAUCAAAUUCAAAAAAAUCAAAUAAUAAAAUUAAUUCAAUAGAAGUUGGCGAAAUGUAUGAAGAAGACUUUGAUUCAAUGGAUUGGAAUGAAGCCGGUGAAGUAAAUUGUUCAUCAAACCAAAAUGAUUCUAACCAUCGAAGUAGAAAACAACCUGACGAUAAGGAUAUUUCAUUGAUCGUUAAAUCAAAUUGGGAACCACAUCCACCAAGAGUUGAUUGGAAAAAUGAAAAAAGUAGUAAUGACUCUUUCACACAGCUUACCGGAACUCCGACAGUAACUGAAAAUAUAACAAAACUUUUACAAGAAUGCGGAGUUUUAAGUUCUUCAUAUCAAAAUAAAGAUAAACCCAGAAUAAGCAUAGCCGAUAUUCUAAGUCCAAUUGUCUUAUCAUCUGAUGGUGAAAAUGAUAUUGAUAAUUUCCCUGAUAAUUUAUUUCUCAAUUUUGAUGGUGAGAUUAAAAAUAAUGUAAGUGGUAACUGUAGUCAAAAUGAUGAAGAAAUGAAUUUUACUCAAUUCGAAUAUGAAGGUGGUGCUAAUACUGAUUUUGCUGAACUCUCUGACCUUAGAUUAUCUACUCAUUUACCAAUAAUAUCAUCUACGCAAUAUUUAGAAAAACCUUCAGUUAAUUCUAGAUUAUCACAAGCAUCAAACCGAUCAAAGCACGAUAUCAGUUCUGAUGAAGACGAAAAGUUAGUAGAAGAAGCUAAAAAUUCAAAAUCCAGGCGAUGCUCUAGUAUUUCUCCAUUAAAAAAUAAAAGUCAAAGAUUAUUACAAGUUAAAUCUCAGUCUGAAGGUAAUUUUUCGAAUUCUAGAAGAAGCUUACAAGCUGUACGAAGUGAUGAGAAAACUAAAUAUUCCAGAAGAAAACGAAAUAAUCAGAAAAAUGAAGAAAUUUGCCAAUUCUUAGGCCUUUCUCCUUCUAAAGUUGAUAUUUCAUUUGAUGUUUCGCCUAAAGAAUCUUAUGAUCAACUGUCUAGUCCGGAGCUUCAAAAGAGGUUAACAUCUUUUGGACUCAAAAAUCAGGAACGACAUCGUGCUGUUAAAUUACUUAAUUUCAUUUGGGAUCAAAUGCAUCCAUUAGUUCCUGAAAAUUUGAUACCGCACGAUGCAAGGAAUAAUCAUUCUGAUGUAGAUAACGAUAAAAAUAAAAAUUUGGGAAAAAAUCGGUAUAGUAAUUUACGAAAAACUAAUGAAAAAGACUCGAGUGAAGAUGAUUCUAAAGAUGAAGAAGUAAAUCGUUUGCAUAGAACUGGUUUUCCAGAAGAAUUUGAAUUUUCCGAUGAUGAUGAUGGUAACAAUGAUGAAAAUCACUUAAUAAAAAAGCUUCAACAAAGUUUUGAAAAACUUUUGGAAAAAGACUGUAUAUUACACAGAAAAAUUCUAAUGUAUGAACCAAUUUCUUUAGAUAUUUUUUCUGAAAAAUUAAAAGAGUCUGGAUUUAUAGUAAAACCUAAGAUUCUUGCUGACUUUUUGAAUAGUGAAUGUAUCUCAUUUUUCAUCGAUGCACCGAAAAAAUGGUCAGGAAAUAUUAGAAAGAAUAGAAAAAAAUGAACAUUUAUUUAAUAAAAGAAAAGUGUAAAUUAAAUACCUGCAUUUGUUGUAUUUUUCUACUCGUAUGAAAUUAUAAAUAAAAUAGUUACUGGUUUAAUCUAGCUCUAGUGGAUUGUUUAAAACGUUUGAAAUACAUCUUUUUAAUUAUU